GCCCUUGCAAGAUGACCUCAAAAGAAAGCAACCCGGUGACUGUUUUCUUUCUUUGUUAGGUUCUCUGAUUAUUCACUAUGGCAACUGAUAAAGAAGCAGAGGUUGCUGCCACCGUUGAGCAGCCACCUCCUGCGGCUGAGGAGGAAGCAAAGCCGGCAGAGAAGCCAGUGAAGGAAAAGAAAACUAAGGCUCCUAAAGAAAAGAAACCUAAACAGCCCAAAACUGCUUCUCAUCCUCCAUAUUUUCAGAUGAUCAAAGAAGCUCUUUUGACCUUGAAUGAAAAGUCCGGAUCAAGCCCGUAUGCUAUAGCUAAAUAUAUGGAAGAGAAGCACAAGGCAGUAUUACCCUCAAACUUCAAGAAAAUUCUGGCUUUACAGCUGAAAAACUCUGCUGCUAGAGGGAAGUUGAUCAAGAUCAGGGCUUCUUAUAAGUUAUCCGAGUCGAACAAGAAAGAGAAGGGAACAACCAAAGUUCCAAAAGCAGCAAAAGGAGGAGACAAGAAACCUAAACAGCCCAAAACUGCUAAUGUUAGUACAAGAAAGACACGGUCUGUUAACAAAGCUGAGGCUGCAAAGAAACCAGCAGCAGGAGCAACAAAGAAAGUUGGAGCUCCUAAAAAGACAAAGAAAACAACUCCUGCUAAACCUAAACAGCCCAAGUCAAUCAAGUCCCCUGCUGCGAAAAGAACCAAGAAAGCUGCUGUUGCUGUUGCUUCUUGAAAUGUAUAAACUAGGGUCUGGUAAUUGUAGUCAAUGAUAAUAGUGUUCCCAGUAGGUAUGUCUCUGUAAAUAAGGGUCAAAUGUUAUGUUUGGUAUCCAUAAUGUAGCGUUUUGCUCUGCACUUGGGAGUUCGGUCUCUUUCUCAUGUAUGCAAGCGUCUUUCAGGAGUUAAAGUGAAACUCAAUUUUGGUUCC